AUGAUCGCAGCAGGUCUGCUCCUCUUUAGUCUUUUCUCUUCUCUUGCUUUGGGCCAGCCCACCGCGCAUGAUGUCUUUCAUGUUCACGAGAAGCGCUCGGAUGUCCCGAACGGCUUCAAGUACGUAGGGAAGGCAGCCCCGAAUGCGACGUUGGACCUCAGGAUCGCGCUUGUCCAGAGCGAUCCCGCUGGACUGGAGGCCGCGCUGUAUGAUGUCAGCACGCCUGGGAACAAGAACUAUCGCAAGCAUCUCACUAAGGCCCAGGCUGAUGCCUUCAUAGCACCAAAGCCUGAGAGCGUGCAAGCGGUUACGACCUGGCUGGCCAAGAACAAUGUCACCGCGCAGACCUCGGCGACUGGGGAGUGGAUGAAGAUCCGCAUUCCUGUCUCGCAGGCGAACGCGUUGUUGGACACGCAGUUCAACGAGUAUAGCCACGACGAGACGGGUCUCACCGUCCUGCGUACGAUGUCAUAUUCCGUCCCAGCCAGCGUGAAGGGACACCUCGAUUUCAUCUACCCAGCGACUGCGUUUGUUGCUCCAAGACCAGUACCCGCUGAGCUACAGAUUAUGCAAUCGCGGGAGACGAGCACUCACGGCAUCUCGAAGCGGGCGCGAGGUAACAGGAAGAGUCGGACAACUCUCAACGCCAUUCCGGCGAUGACCACAUCUAAGCCUGCGCAAGCGACGGGGCCUGUCUCGCCGGACGACUCGUGCAAAACGAAGAUCACCCCUGCAUGCUUGCAAGCUAUCUAUAACAUUCCUCCGGACUCGGCGCUCAACACAUCCAGCAACAUCUUUGUGGCAAGCUUCGUCGGGGAGUCGGCAGACCCAGCAGAUCUGAAGAAAUUCUUGGGUGAGUUCCGUCCAGACGUAAGCCAAGGGACGACUUUCCGUGUGAAGGCUGUCGAUGGAGGAACAAACAACGCCUCCAAGGCGACAAUCGAGGCCAGCUUGGACGUGCAAUACACGGUCGGGGUUGCAGCGGGUGUCGACACAACAUUCGUUUCCGUCGGAUCAAAUAACACCGACGGCAUAGCUGGAUUUCUCGACGUUAUCAAUGAUCUCAUCUCACAAGAGGAGCCACCUUUUGUUCUCACAACAAGCUUCGGUUUCAACGAGAAGGAUGUACCGGUUGGUCUGGCGAACAACCUGUGCAACGCGUAUGCCAAGCUCGGCGCGCGCGGCACCACAAUCAUCUUCGGCUCGGGAGAUGGUGGAGUUGCCGGCAUCCAGAACCAAAACUGUACAACCUUCGUUCCCACCUUCCCGUCCUCAUGCCCAUUCGUUACAUCCGUCGGCGGGACAAACAGCUUCGGACCAGAGGUCGCCGUCUCCUUCUCCGCGGGUGGCUUCUCCAACGUCUUUGCGCGUCCGAAGUACCAGGACGACGUCGUCCCGGCCUACCUCAAGACGCUUGGCAGUACCAACAAGGGCUUGUUCAACGCUUCCGGGCGCGGCUUUCCCGAUAUAGCCGCGCAGGCGAAGAGCUUCCAGGUCGUUCGUGGCGGCCAAACGAUAUCCGUUUCUGGCACCAGCGCGGCGGGCCCCACUGUCGCGGGGGUAGUAGCGCUCUUGAACGACGCCGUAUUCCAGGAUGGGGGACAGCCGCUUGGGUUCUUGAACCCACUCCUUUACUCCUCGGCAGCGUCUGCACUCAAUGAUAUCACGCAAAGCAACAAUCCUGGAUGCGGUACGGAUGGGUUCCCUACGUCGGAGGGAUGGGAUCCGGUCACUGGGCUUGGCACGCCCGACUUCGCUAAGCUUCUGGAUGUCGUCAAGAAGUCGAGUUGA